CGGAGAUUAUUGCAUUUUUUUCGUUAGUCGGCAUUGACGUGGGCUGAACAAUCGCGCCAAAAAUCUGUUUUUCUUUUAAAACGAAAACUAAAUUCUCACUUAGUCCCGCCUAAAUUGGUAACUGCUCCCGCGUUAUUUCCCAUUAUAAGAACACACACUACUCACUACAGUUUAAGAGGAUAUAAACUUGGAGAUCCGAUCCAGUUGAAAGUUGGCACUUUCUUCUUCCACUAUCAGUAGGAGCAAGAGAAUACAGGAAGGAGAAAUAGACAGGUCUUAAAAUGAAGACAAUCCAGCACGUUUUGAGAUCAAAGGGUAAACGUAAAAUUCCAGCAAAGAUGGGUAUGUGUAUGUCCAUGGUGAACAGACUUCCCUCAGAAAUUUAUUAUAGAAAUACUCUCUCGCUUACCCACUGAUUCAGUCUUAGAGUGCAGACAAGUAUGCAAAACAUGGCGAAACCUAAUUCGGCAUCCUUCCUUUGCUCAUAUGCACCUACAUCAGAAUGGUAACAUCCUCCCAUUUCAUUCUUCUGCUACUGAUGCCAAGGUUGAUUUUGGUUUGAUUUUUGAAUUGCGUAUUCUCUCACCAAAGAUCGAAUACAUAUUGUACUAUGGAGAGUAUGACGACCAGCCUAAUAAGAAACUCAGAAGGAUCAACCAGCCUUCCAUUAAUUGUCUCUCAAUAGUUGGUUCACACAACGGGCUGAUUUGCUUUUCUGUUUCUGAUAGUGACUACGUUUCUUAUAUCCAUGAGCCUAUCUACAUUAGUAAUCCUAUAACCAGAGAAUACAUGAGAUUUCCAAGAAUAGAAGUUAAUGGUGUGAACAGGGUCCAUACUAUGGUGUGUGGUUUCGGUUACCUUCCUUCUACUGGUAAAUCCAAAAUUAUAAAAAUCUAUUAUAUCCAGAACCAACCCAUGGGAAUGGUCCAGAUAUACACUCUUGGAGGUGGCAGUUGCAGUGGCUGGAGAGACAUUAGAGAAAUCACUUACUCACUGCGACAUUAUAUUGAAUACCGCGUCAUCCUUGUCCAUUUGGUGCGUUUGCAAAUGGAGCUCUUCAUUGGCUUGACACUGAGCAAAAGAUUGUGUCCUUCGACUUUGCAGAAGAAAAGUUCUACUUGCUCCCGUCACCACCUUUUGUUAGUGCUCCUGGUGAUAAAAACAGAUUUGAUCUUAGGGUUCUGGGAGGAUGCUUGUGUUUUAUUCAUCGAAAGCAGGACAAAUCCUUAGACAUAUGGUUCUUAAGGAAGAAAGGGGAGAGUAGUACUUGCGACUUGAAUGAGCAAGAGUACGACUUGUUGACCUGGAACAUGGAAUUGAGUUUACCAAUUGAUGCAGCACCAAUUUCCAUUACGAAGAGUGGUCAAUUUCUAAUGUGGUACAAGUCUAAUAAUCUCUGCAGCACCAAUUUCCAUUACGACUUGUAGGAUAUUAACCCGCAAAAAUAGUCAAAAAAUCAAAUUUUAUUUCAAAUUUGUGGAGGCAAAUAACCCGCCACUAAACAAACCCCCCCGCCCAAAUUGAUAACUACUUUGAAAAAUCCCGCCCAAUUUCCUUCCUUUUAACUAGAGUUUCAAAGGAGAAGUCCAAGGAAUUGUUCCAGUUGAGGAAAGCAAAGUCCUGGCAAACACUGAGAAAUUCAUGAGCUUAUGGCGCCCGAAGCUUUUAAAGGAGCAGGUGAAUACGAGAAGGAGAAGAAGAUAAGUCGUAAAAUGAAGAAUAUUCAGCAUGUUUUGGGAUCAAAGGGUAAAUGUAGAAUUCCAGCAAAGAUAGAUAUGUCCAUGGUGAACAGACUCCCCUCAGAAAUUAUUAUAGACAUAAUAUCUCGGUUACCCACUGAUUCAAUCUUAGAGUGCAGACAAGUAUGCAAAACAUGGCGAAACUUAAUCCGCCAUCCAUCCUUGGCUCAUAUGCACCUACGUCGGAAUGGUAACAUCUACCCGUGUCAUUCUUCUGCUAUUGGUGCUAAGGUUGGUUUUGGUUUCCUUAAUGAAUUUCGUAUUCUGACACCGAAAAUCAAAUACAUGUUGUACUACGGAGAGUAUGAUGGCCAGCCUAAUACCAAACUCAGAAGGCUCAACCAGCCUUCCCAUGAUUGUCUCUCAAUAGCUGGUUCACGUAACGGUCUGGUCUGCUUUUCUGAUGGCGACUGCAUUUCUUAUAUCUAUGAACCUAUUUAUAUUAGUAAUCCAAUCACCAGAGAAUUCAUGAAUUUUCCAAGACUACAAGUUAGUGGUGAAAACAAGGUCGACACUAUGGUGUGUGGUUUCGGUUACCUUCCUUUUAUUGACAAGUAUAAAAUUAUAAAAAUCUAUUAUAUCCAGAACCAACCCAUGGGACGAGUCCAGGUAUAUACACUUGGUGGUGGCAGAUGCAGUGGCUGGAGAGACAUUGGGGAAAUCCCUUAUUCACUGCGACGUACAAUUGAAGAAGGUUUUCGAUGUCUUCGUUGCCCAUUUGGUGAAUUUGCAAACGGAGCACUUCAUUGGCUUGUCAAAGAGCAAAAGAUUGUGUCCUUCAAUUUGGCCGAGGAGAAUUUUUACUUGCUCCCAUCACCGCCUUUUGUCAGUGCUUCAAAUGUGAAAAACAAAUUUGACCUUAAGGUUUUGGGAGGAUGCUUGUGUUUUAUUCAUAAAAAAGGGGAUGCAUUCUUGGAAAUAUGGUUUUUAAAAAAGAAAGGGGAGAGCUGUAGUUACGACCUGAAUGAGCAAGAGUUCGACUUAUUGACCUGGGUCAUGGAGUUGAGCUUACCAGUUGAUGCGUGGCCUUUCGCCCUUACAAAGAGUGGUGAAUUCCUAAUGUGGUACUGCAAGUCUUCUGCUAUCUGCUCUUAUGAUCCUAAGACUGCAACUAUGAAAAAGCUCAUGUUAGAUGGUGAUUUCUGUUAUCCAGUUCCUCACAUGAAUAGCUUUGUUUCGCUCAAGGCUCUUGGAGAAAAGUGUCGAUGCAGAAAAAGAUACGCUGUUAAUCCAGCACCAUAGGAAUAUUUCAUAGAACAGCAGAGGAAGGCAAAUGGAGAAUUUGAUGUCAUUCAAUUUUAGGUGCA